AUGUAUCAUAAGAAUAAUCCAUCAUGUUUCUUUUUUGAUCAAGUUAAACCAAUAAGGCAGGAAAUUAAUGAAUAUAAAAAAUCUUUGGUGUAUAACAUUAAUACUAUUCAUUUACAUUCAGAGAAUGCCGUGUUAAUAAAUAAUAAUACAAAUGACCAGUUAUCAAAUGAUACAAAGUAUAAUUGUAGUUCCACAAAGAAUAUUUGUCGUCCUAUAACAUUAUCAUCUACAGGAGAAAAAACGAUAAAUCCAAAAGAACAAUUAAUAAAUAAAAAAUCAAUUUUAAAACAGUAUGAUUAUUAUUCGUGGGUUGAAAUGAGUGAACAAAUCAUAAAAGAUCUUUCAGUUUUUUUACAUCAAGAAAAUGUCAAAGAAAUAAAACAUCCUAGAAUAUUAGAUUAUCGUUUGGAUGAAACAUGGGAUGAAUUAAUUUCUAUGGUGGAUUCCAAUUCAAGAGAUUGGCAAUUACCUGCAAUAAAAAAUGCAUAUAAGAUAUGGAUUCAAGAAAACCCUCCUGAAGUUGAUGCAUAUGGAAUGAAAUAUGAAUCAGUGAAAAAAACAAACUCCUCAUAUGGUCUUGAAAUUGCUGGUGCUUAUACACCUACACCACGAAGCUCAGUAUUUCGAAAGCAAUCAAGUAAGCCAAGCCUUACAAAUAAUGAGAGCAUCGGUAUUCAUGUGAAAACACCAGCUGAAAGAAAUUCAAAUGAGAAUGAAUCAAGUUCAGCAACGGAGAAAGAAUCGAAAAUUUCUAUUCUUCCCGCGAAUCGUUUACAUAUUCCCAGUAAACAUAUUCUGUCUACAGGUGUAGACCGAAGAAUUGAAAGUAGAAAUAAUGGAUCAUUUACUUUACAAUUUAUUAUGAGUUCACCAGAAAGUUUACAAAAGGGAUGGAUAAAUGAAAAUAUACUAAUUAGUUUUAUGAACACAAUAGAGUGGGUAUGUUCACGAUUAACAACUGUUUUGAAGAAAAAUGAAGUAUCUUAUAAUUAUGAACAAUUACAAUUCCCUCAUUAUUGUGAACCACAAUACAUUCUUUAUUCAAGUUUAUUAAACUUCAAAGAAUUUAAUUUUCUAAUAAAAAAUUCUUUAAUUCAUCGUAAAAUAAAUUCCUAUACACAAAUCAAUUCCCAUAAUAAUGAAAUCAUUCGAGAUACUACUAACAAUCAAAUAUUAAUUAAUGAAAUCCGAAUACCAAUUAUGAAAUUAUAUCAAAUAACAUCAAUGAAUUCAAUACCAAGUUCUUCUUUAAUACAAUUUUAUAAAAAUAAUUUAUUUAAUAUCAUUGAAUAUGAUUUAAUGGAUAAUAUUUUAUUAUCAACAAUUACAAAUGUAUAUAUUAUUAAACAAAUACAAUCAAUCUUAUCAAAUAUUGAUUUAUUACAAAAUAAUAAUGAAAAAAUCAAUAAAUCAUCAAAUAUUUUAUUAAAAUUAUAUUUAAAAAAUUUGGCAAAUGUUUUACAAUCAAAAAAGAAAAAUAAUCACUAUGCUAAACAUGUACAAUCUUAUCCAUGGGUAUCAUAUUCUACAGAUGGUACAUUAAUAAUUCGGUAUCCUUGUGGUUCACCAGCUAUUAUAUGGUCAUCAAGUCCCUUAAUGUAUCACAAAGCAUGUGAAAAUCUCGAUAAUUCCGAUUCAUCUUCAGUAAAUAAAGGGAAAGUAAAUAAAGCAAGUAAACCUAAGCAAUUUCUUCAUAGUUCAUCUACAUCUUUACAAAAAUCAAUCACAAACAUUACUAUUACUACUGAUUCCACCACAACCAAUAAUAGUAGUGGUAUACCAAUGUCAGGAAUGCGGAAUGUUCAACAUCGAACAGGAUUUUAUUUAUCGAUUUUUGAUAUUCCUCGGGUGUUAUCGCAUAAGUCAGAAGUGGAUACGGUCAUUGAUAAAGUUGAUAACAAAUAUAACUCACACAUUUCUAAAUCAUCAACAACAACAGAUAAUGAAAUAUCGACAAACAAUGGGAAAGAUAAUUGUUUCAGUACCGAAUUAAUUCAGAAGUCUAGAAAUACUGCUAGAAAACUAGAUUCUGUUAGAGAAAAUAUAUCUAGUAGUUGUAGUAUGAACAGUAGCAGUAAUUUUUCGGAAUUUUAUCCUGAACAAACUAAAUUUAAUGACAGUCUACAAAAUGACGUUGAUGAUAAAAAGUUUAACAUAGGUCCAUUGAUUGCACAUUUUACACCGUCUGGAGAUGGUGUUAUAUAUUAUCCUCAUAAUAUUAAUAAUAAUAAAACAACAAUAUCUGAUAGCACUGACCACAUAAAUAACCUUCAGCCAGCCAAUAUCCACGCUAUCUUUACAAGAGAAUAUUGUUAUGUGUUUAAGAAUUCUAACGGUGAAUUAGAAUAUGAAUUUCCAUCUUUCACAGAAAAAAGUCGACAUGAUCCAACAAUAAGAUAUCCAGUUUCAGUGGAUAUAAAUUUUAACCAUUACAUUAGAUUAGUUCGUACGAACUCUCAUGAUUUGACAAUAAUAUUUAAGACAGACGAGGAUGUGCUACUUACUAUUGAUUGUUUUCAAAACUUCUACUCAAAUGAUUAUCGUGAAUGUGAUACGUAUGAUCACCCAACGAAUUUUGAGGAUGAGUCAAAACAACACAAACAGCAGUUCGUUUUAUCUAAAUUACCAUUUUUGAGUUCAGUUGUCGAUAACACAAAUCAAAACAAACAAUUAUUAAUAAGCAGAAAACGGAAAGAAGAAAGUUUACAAAAGUUAUUUAAGAAUAUUCCACCAAAUGAUGAUUUACAAUCACUUUCAAGGCAUCUCACUGAGUCAAUGAAACAAAUAAGAUUUCUUUGUAACCAAUGGCUGGAAAUAAUGCGUCACUGCCUAGGUCUUCAGAGACAACGUAUUUCAUCACCACAAAGUGCACACCAGUUAAUUCGAUACAGAAGUCUGGACUAUAUGACAAAACGAUAUGGAACAUUUACAAGUGUAUCAUCUACUAACCGAGCAAGUGAUUAUAACUCAUUGGUUCACUCUGAUAAACUUAUUUGUAACUCAUUCGGACAGAAAUCGAUAAGGUUAUCGAAGCCCAAUUCAGCAAGGAAAAUCAACAAAAUACCUUUUAAAAAAGAAUAUCCGGAUACAUUCCUUACAAAUGACAAGAAUAAAGAACCACUGAUCGUAAGAAAUGACAAAUCUUCUGAAGCAAUACUUAUGAAUGAAAAAUUUACAAGAUCAUUAGAUAUUUUUCCAGUUGCAUGUCCAUUGUUACUUCGAUCAUGGUUGAAUGAAAUAAAACACUACAAAUAUUUUAAACAUCUAAACAAACUUAGACAACUAGAUGAGACUACAUUCGAACACAGUGUUGAACUAAACUCUGAUGAAAAUAAAUCACUAGAAACAGCUUUUAUGAAUGUUUUGAUUAAUCCAUCGAAAUUCGACAAUCAGUUUUUGUCAACUUUAAGUAUGAUAUCAAAUAAAGGCUGUCGAUGCAGUCGUCAUAUACCACCGGCUAUCACUGACUUGGAAUUUGAUAUAUUCUUGAAUAAAUUGAUACAAUCAUAUCAAGCUGCAGUGAUAAUCGUUUACGAUUCCAGGUUGCCAGAUGGGAUUCAUAUUGGUAUAUGUGAUCUUCUUUGCCAGUUAUAUAUAAAACAACAAAAUACAUUACCAACAAGUAGUCGUACUGUGAAUGAUGAGAUUCAUAUUGUGACUGCAAGUGAUCAUUUCUCAGAAAGAUUAUACGAUAAAUACAAAAUUGCAGGAACUGGAGCAUGUGCAUCAAUAUCUACGAGAAUGGCAGACUAUCGAUUCUUGAUUUAUGAUCUAGCGCAAAAUAUAAAUAAUAAUGAAAAUAAUUCCAGGAAUGCCCAUUAUUACUAAAAAGAUAUAAUGGACGACCGAAACCGGGUGACUGUUUAAUUUUUAUUCAGGGGAAACUAUGUUUUAUCGGGUCAUCUUUCACAGGCUAUGAAGAGUUACCAUGGUCAAAAGAACAGUUGGAUAAAAAGGUGGCCCAGUGCAGAAAUCAAUUGACUAAACAAGGGUUUUCAAUACCUACUGAUUUUCAAUUUGUUUAAUAAGGAAUUUUCUUGAUAGUUUUGAUUUCAAUUAAAUGAUAAUAAGACUUCUAAAAAAUAGGUUUAAUUGUAGUUUCAUUCAAUUUAUAGACCAUUAGAAUUGUGAGACAGACAUAUCAUCAUGGAAUAAGAGCACUACUAUUAAAACAAAUAGUACUGAAUUUAUAUGAAGAUAAUCAGUGAAAAAAGUCAAUAAUAUGUACCUUCACUAUUUUGGUGGAUUUUUGCUCUCUGAACAAAAUCAUCCACCUGAGCUACAAAUCUUCUCCACCAUCU